AUGGCUCAGAAGCUGGGAGCUGUUGCUGGCUUUGACUACAAGCGGGAGGACUUCUCUGGGGAGGCCAUGAAGACCACCCAGGGUGUGUUCCUUUCUCUGCAGAGACGAGGCCAGUAUGCCCCACCUCCAGGAGCCAGCAACAUUUUGGGACUGGAGGCAUCCGGACAUGUGGCCGAGCUGGGACCUGGCUGCCAGGGGCACUGGAAGCCUGGAGACUCGGCCAUGGCUCUGCUGCCCGGCGGGGGCCAGGCUCAGUAUGUCACUGUCCCUGAGGGGCUCCUCAUGCCCAUCCCGGAGGGCCUGUCACUGUCCCAGGCUGCAGCCAUCCCAGAGGCCUGGCUCACCGCCUUCCAGCUGUUAUAUCUGUUGGGUGCUGGAGUCAACCUUAUUCUAGACUGCAUAGGUGGAUCCUAUUGGGAGAAGAAUGUCAACUGCCUGGCUCUUGAUGGUCGCUGGAUCCUCUAUGGUCUCAUGGGAGGAGAUGACAUCAGUGGGCCUCUGCUAUCCAAGCUACUUUUUAAACGAGGAAGUCUGAUCACUAGUCUGCUAAGAUCUAGAGACAAAAUGUACAAGCAGACGCUGGUGAAAACUUUCACCGAACAAGUUCUGCCUCACUUCUCCUCGGAGGCCUCCCAAUGUCUGUUGCCCGUUCUGGAUAGAGUCUACCCAGUGACUGAAAUCCAAGAGGCCCACGUGCACAUGGAAGCGAACAGGAACAUGGGCAAAAUCGUGUUGACGUUGCCCCGGUGAAGCAGAGGGAGCAGCACCGGGCACAUGUUUGCACAGUAAACUAGAAGAAAAUUCAUCGCCAAACGAUCGAAACCAUUGCCCCUUCUCGCCCUUGUCAACUGAUACACGUUAAGCAGGUCUAAAGAAAUAAAAAGUGGAGUUGA